GCAGAAUAUCACGAUAACACAGCAUCGCAAUAGCAUAGCAUCGCACUUCGAUAGCACCACAUCUACACUUGUUACAGCAACAAUGAAGCUAAACAUCGCAUCAACUUUGGCAUUCUUGCCUCUUAUUACCGUCAUCUCUGCCACCGAGGUGGCCGGAUUCUUGAAGAACACACUUGGAAACUCGGACUGCACCAAUAUCCGUCUAGACGAUGGACACGUCCUUCGCACUACUUGCACCGACCCUGAAUACAAGAAUCGCACGGACGUGAGCCUCGACCUCAACGGCUGCUUCGCCAACUACCUGGGAACGUUGAACCACGCCUACAAUGGCAAUUUCGCCGGCUCAUGCAGCGGCUGCCAUAUGGACAAGACAAAGCUCGUAUGCGAAUGCUCGAAGGACGAGAGCGGCUGCACGAAACACACCGAAUAUGAACUCAGUGAGUGGCAUACUGUCCAGGUCAAUCCAGGUGGCAUUUUGGCUUGUGACUUCAAUUCCGGAUUGGAGAAGAGGGCGAAGGAUAAGGAGGCACGGGCUUUUGUCGCUUAAGGAGGGGAGGGUAUUUUCAUGCAGCAGGGAUUGAUUUAAGG